AUGGCCUCGAGGAACGCAGGAUACCAUUCUCCCCAAUCAAAGUACAACGGCGACCUGGGCAAGGCUCUUGCUGCCGAGCUCGGAAUUCUUUUGGAGGAGGUCGGGAAGCUGAGGGACGAGAGAAAACAACUGCAAUUAUCACCCCCGCGCAGCGAGGUAGCCGAACUUCUAGCUAUGAAAGCCAAACAUGGCUUUGGUGGGGAGUUUCAACCCGAUUGGCAACCCCCAAUGCCUCCACCCGCAAUCGAGGCACCCCUGCCUCCACCAGCGAUCGAGGAUGUUCCGCAAGCCAGACCUGGGUGGCGCGUAGUGCACAAGCGACCCGAGCGUAAAGCAAGGACGCAGCCGAAGAUCACAGCAGGCCCAGGUCCAUCAUCCUCUCCAGCUCCAGCGGCUCUUCCCCCGCCCGUUCAAAACGUACCUUCUUGGGCUCAAUGGCGACCGAACCCCCUUCUGGCACCUACGCCCGUCCAACCACCCGUUCCCACAUCCGUAUCCCCUCCACCACGCGCAGGCCUCUUUGCUUUGAAAUUGCUUAGAGACUCGCACCAAAUUUGGGCCGUAGCCGCAUUCCUCUUCUCGGAUCCUCAUAAAACAGGCCCUUUCUCUAAACCUCUUCACACCUUGUCGUUUCUCCUUUUCGCUUUUGCCACUCGCCAUGUUCGUUCCGUUCAUCACCUCACGCGACUCCCGGGGAAGCCUUUCUCGGCGGAAAGGUGGAGGGAAGAGCAGUUCAAGUUCAAGUUCGGGGAAGAGCUCGAGUUCAAGUUCCGGGAAGAGCUCGAGUUCGAGUUCGAGUUCGGGGAAAAGCUCGAGUUCGAGUUCCUCAAAGACUACGACCAUCAAGAAUUCACCCUCCAAGUCUUCGAAGAGUACACCGGGAAGUCGGGGAGGAGGUGCUGCCCAGGCGGGGGAACGAGAUCUCAGAUUUUUGGAUCCAGGCCUUUUAGAACGUAUGGCAGCGGGUACCCAGGAGUAGUCGGUCGCGGUACCGCAGGCCGUGGUUUCCCGUUUUUCUUUUGGCCGAUUGUAUGGCCUGUAGCUGUUGGAGCUAGUGCGGCUGCGUAUCUCAGUGGUAGCGAUGAGUACGGAAAACCAGAUAAUACAAGUCGCCCAGGAGGACCAAUGGCCACCGCCGCCUUCCCCUCUAAAACGGGAACAUGUAUCUUCCAACUCGUCGCAGACAACACGACCGUCGCCUCCCUCAUCACCAGUCUUUCAUCCAACUGCAGCACUUACCUAGGUUCGUCCGUUGCAACCAAGCCGAUACCAUUCAACGCCUCCGAUCCGGCUGCACCCAAGCCGGAACAGGUCAUCCAAUAUUAUCGCGCUAGCACGAUUGCCCUCACUCUGGAUGGAUACAAUAACACUGCGACGAUGGCUUCUGACACUCCUGAUACAGCGCUUCCCUCGAACGUUGAUCUCUCACUUAUGAAUUGUUUAAACCAGACUAUAGGUGUUAAUGCACCUUUAAUAGAUGGGGCGAUUCCCCGAUGGACUACUACACAUUUUGGACUACUGGGCUUGAUAUGGGUGUCACUCGAAGCAAGCGAGUAUGUAGGAUUUACCCGUGCCUACGGCACGGCACUCGCUAACGCUCGGCCGUUCCUCCAGCACUGGUCACAGCUUGCCGGGAGCACGCCCCCUGGACCCCCUGGUACACAUGUUUAA